AUGUCUUUUGCCGCUCACAAAAUUUGCAUCGCUCUUCAACCCCCACGCAGACGGACUACUAAGUACUCUUCUCCCUCUCUUCCUAAACCCUCUCGCCGAGUCCGCUCAGCCAUGGAUGACCGCUCCGUCCUACCGCUCGGCCCUUUACUACUCAAUUUUAAGCCCUCGGAGCUCCGAAUCGCGUCGAAGUUCCUCACCACUUGGCUCCCCUUCCUUUCCAGAGAUCUCUGCCAAGACUGCUUCCAAACCUUUUCUGAUCGCCUCCGCUCCCUCGAGCUCGAAAUUAGUACUGAUGCCGGACACGAGUUCUCGGACGAGGACUUUGAUGCUCCAGUUUCGGAGAAAACCGAAUCGCAGCUGGGGAUGAAUGACUAUUACGACGAGACCAGCGACACCUAUUCCGUCGGUAGUUGGAUAGACGGUGCCAACGGAUAUUUUGAUUAUUUUGUUCCAGAACAGUUUAUGAGCGGACCACCUAGCCACGAUCGGAUGUCCUGGGCCAACAUGGCAAAGGAGGAAGAAGACGUGCUCGUAGAAGAGGACGAUGAGGAGGACUCUGAGGCCAUGACCAAAAGGGUGGUUGGUGUGAAUACUUCCACCGGGGAAUCGAGAAUAUCGAUGAAGGCCAUUGCGAAGCCACCGAAGCCGAAGUUGUUAAGGGAACAGAGAGAGCGCAUUCGGUUAAUGAAUGUGAAGCGAAAGCAAGACUUUGUUUGGUCUGAAAAAUUGAAGGGUAAGAUUGUUAAUAUUCUGGAAGGGCUUGAGCUUCACACUGGUAUUUUUAGUGCUGCGGAGCAGAAGAGAAUAGCAGAUUAUGUGUAUAAACUUGAGGAGAUGGGGAGAAAAGGAGAAUUGAAAGAACGGACAUUUACGGCACCGACUAAGGGCAAGGGACGUGUGACAAUUCAAUUUGGGUGCUGUUACAAUGAUGCAACGGAUAAAAAGGGUAAUCCAGCUGGAAUUCUCCAUGAUCAGACUGUAGAUCCUAUGCCUCAUCUUUUCAAGGAGAUCAUUAAGAGGCUGAUCAGAUGGCAUGUACUUCCUGGGACCUGUAUACCCGAUAGUUGCGUUGUCAACAUCUAUGAAGAAGGGGACUGUAUGCCUCCGCACGUUGACAACCGUGAUUUUUUACGGCCAAUUUGCACUGUGUCAUUUCUAAGUGAGUGCGAUAUCAUUUUUGGAUCGAACUUAAAGGUUUUGGGUCCUGAUAAUUUUGAAGGUUCUGUUUCAAUCCCCCUUCCAGCUGGAUCUGCUCUUGUAUUAAAUGGAAAUGGAGCUAAUAUGGCUAAGCAUUGUGUGCCACCCGUUCCUACAGCGAGGAUAUCAAUCACGUUUAGAAGAAUGGAUGACUCCAAACGGCCGAUUGGUUAUGUUGCAGAACCUGAUUUGCAGGAUAUUCAACAAUUGCCGUAUGUAGUGGACAGAAGAUAUAGGUUAAAGAAUUGUCCAAGGCCCGAGCAUUACAGUAUGAUGACAUGGAGGGGAUGUAGCGAGGAAAGAAGCACUAGCAGGAAGCCUCGUUCAUCUUCAUGUCAGUCAUGCCGACGUAAUUCAUUAAGUCGGAGUCGAGGGCCUCCAUAUAGGAACAGAAGUAGGGUGCGUUGA